CACGCGACUGUUGGUCAUCGGCUUCUCCGGCGGAUCGGCGGCGCCGCCGCCCCCAGUGCGCCAGCUCCAGCUCGCCCCCCGACACCUCCGGCCCGAUGUCUCCGUCCCUCUCCGCGCGCGGUGUGGGCGCCGAAUUAUCCGACUCCUCCCCUACGCACACCUUUUUUUUUUUGGCCAGCGCGCGCCUCCCCUCCCCUCCCCUCCUCCUCUCCCUCCAUUGGCGCCCCCUUGCUAAAAUUGGCUCACCGGGCUAAGUACCAUCGUCCGUCGUGCGCGCGAGCGCGGCUGCCGAAGCUGGACCGCGGGCGCGGCGGGGGCCGGAGCCGGGGCGAGGGCGAGGGCGACGACGGCGGUCAUGGGGUCCGUCACCUGGCGCAAGGCCUACGGCGCCCUCAAGGACUCCACCAAGGUUGGCCUCGCCAACUUCAACAGCGAGUACAAGGAUUUGGAUAUCGCCAUCGUGAAGGCGACGAACCACGUGGAGUGCCCGCCCAAGGAGCGGCACUUCAGGAGGAUAAUGUUUGCAAACUCGGCAAAUCGCCCGCGGGCCGACGUCGCCUACUCCAUAUGUGCAUUGGCCAGGAGAUUGUCCAAGACCAAGAAUUGGAUAGUUGCACUUAAAACACUGAUAGUGAUACAUAGGUUACUGAGAGAAGGUGACGGGUCAUUCAAAGAUGACUUCCUGAGCUAUUCAUACAGAGGAAACAUUUUGCAGCUUCCAAAUUUCAGGGAUGACUCGAGCCCAUUAGCAUGGGAUUCCUCUGCUUGGGUUCGCCUGUAUGCAUUCUACCUACAUGAACGUGUCGAAUGCUUUAGGGUUCUAAAAUACGACGUCGAAGCCGAUCGUCUGGUGAAAGUACCACAGGCUUCUGGCAAGGCACACAGUAGAACAAGAACCCUUCCAUGUGAAGAUCUUUUAGAUCAGUUGCCUGCAUUGCAGAAGCUACUACUCCGACUUAUUUCUUGCCAGCCUGAAGGUACGGCCUGCACAAAUCACCUUGUACAAUAUGCAUUAGCCCUUGUUUUGAAGGAGAGCUUCAAAAUAUACUGUUCGAUAAAUGACGGCAUCAUCAAUCUUGUUGAUAUGUAUUUUGAUAUGGCAAAAAUGGAUGCUAUCAAGGCCCUUGAAAUUUAUAAAAGAGCUGGCCAGCAGGUACAGAAAGCAGAAAAGCUUUCUGCGUAUUAUGACUACUGCAAAAAUCUUGAGCUCGCCAAGACUUUCCAGUUUCCUACUUUGAGGCAGCCACCUUCUUCAUUCCUUGUAACUAUGGAAGAGUACAUCAGAGAAGCACCCAGUGUCAGCAUCACGAGAGUGAGUUCACCUAGUGACCAUGAAGAUGAAGCUCCACAGGAAACCGAGAAACCUGUUGAACAGGAGAAAGAAGAGCCAGCAGAAGCUGCACCCGAAGAAGAGCCACAAUAUACCACUCUCUCAGAAGAAGAUGAACCCCCACCAUUGCGGCCAACCAACAAUGGGGAUCUAUUAAACUUGGAUGAAGAAUUGCACCCCAUGAUUGCAAACCUUGAACAAAGCAACGCACUCGCUCUUGCCAUCGUGGAACCAGGGAGUGAGAACAAUGCCUCGGCCCCUCUAGACUUGUUUGCCAUUGACAAAGCUGGGUGGGAAUUGGCACUGGUCACUGCCCAGAGUAACCACACAAGCCAACCAGCUGUCAGCCCAGUGCCCGGAGGGUUCGACAAGCUGCUGCUGGACAGCCUAUACGAAGACGACACAAGGAGGCAGCAAAUCGCCAGUGUGACCUACGCCGGCGGCGUCACGGUGAACCCAUUUGACCCCAACGACCCGUUCGCCAUGUCCAACAGCUUCGCGCCGCCAUCGAAUGUGCAGUUCGCCAUGAUGGGGCAGCAGCAGCAGUACUACCAGGCACAGCAGCAUGGCUACUUCCAGAUGCAGCAGCAACAACACCACCAAAUGGUGGCGAUGCCGCCACAGACAUACCAGCAGCAGCAGGCUCAGUACGCCGUGAAUGCCGGAUUAUCCAACCCGUUUGGAGAUCCGUUCAGCGCUCUCGUCACGACGGCGAAUCCGCCAAAGCAAAACAAUCAGAUUUAGCCUGAAUUGCGCGAUCUUUGCUGUAUCUUACUCUAAUUUCGGUCAGUCGUAUACCCACCCCUCUUCUAAUUCUGAGGAGCAACUUGUAUAGUCUGAACUUUGCUGGUACUGUAAACCUUAUGGAAAUUGUGUAACAUGUUUGGGAAAUGAUACAAUCGUUUGAAUGCCA